GACCGGAAGUUGACCAAGGUGGAGCAACAACGGUUCAAGGAAGAAGCGGAGAUGUUGAAGGGGUUGCAGCACCCCAAUAUCGUUCGUUUCUAUGACUCUUGGGAAUCCACAGUCAAGGGCAAGAAGUGCAUCGUCCUCGUCACUGAACUGAUGACAUCAGGCACCCUCAAAACGUAUCUCAAGAGGUUCAAGGUGAUGAAACCCAAGGUGUUACGGAGUUGGUGCCGACAGAUUUUGAAGGGUCUUCACUUUCUGCACACCCGUACGCCGCCCAUCAUCCACCGGGACCUCAAAUGCGACAAUAUCUUCAUCACCGGUCCCACUGGUUCCGUCAAAAUUGGCGAUUUGGGCUUGGCCACCCUCAUGAGGACCUCUUUUGCCAAGAGCGUCAUCGGUACGCCGGAAUUCAUGGCGCCGGAGAUGUACGAGGAACGUUACGAUGAAUCGGUGGACGUCUACGCCUUCGGGAUGUGCAUGUUGGAGAUGGGAACCUCCGAGUAUCCCUACUCUGAGUGCCAAAACGCCGCCCAGAUCUACCGCAAAGUCACCAGCGGCAUCAAACCGGCAAGUUUUGACAAGGUGACGGACCCGGAGGUGAAGGAGAUCAUCGAAGGUUGCAUCCGGCAGAAUAAAACGGAGAGGCUUUCCAUCCGGGAUCUUCUGAACCACGCUUUCUUCGCCGAAGACACCGGCCUACGCGUAGAGUUGGCGGAGGAGGACGCGGGUCUCGAUUCCUCCUUGGCGCUUCGGUUAUGGGUGGAGGACCCCAAAAAACUAAAGGGGAAGCACAAGGACAACGAAGCCAUCGAGUUUAGCUUCAAUCUGGAGGCCGAUGUCCCCGAGGAGGUGGCCUACGAGAUGGUGAAAUCCGGCUUCUUCCACGAGAGUGACUCCAAAGCUGUCGCCAAAUCCAUCCGGGAUCGUUUGACGUUGGUGAGGAAGACGAGGGAGAAGAAGCAAGCGGAAGGUCGGGGGCUCCCCGAAAGCGAAGACACUGAGGUGGACCAACAUGUCCGACAGCAGCUCCUCCGGCAACAACCCCCCACCGCUGCCGAUGGACUCUCGGAGAAUGGUCCCAUCUCAGAUGCCACCAGCACCCAUGGUCUCACCGGGGCACCCGAACCUGCGCCGCAGCUCCUUGGGUGCUACCAAGGAGGGUCACCAGGACCACCCCAAGAUGGAGUGUCCCCAACUUGUGGCUGUAAUGUCCCCUUGCAGGUGCCGGUCCCCUAUGGGGUGGAGGGGACAUCAACGGAUGUCACCGGAGGUGCCACCACGGCGGUGCUGGAGCUACCUGGUGUUGAUGGAGAGCUGGGGGUUGGUGUGACGCAGAGCCGGGGGAUGUCAUCGGUGGUGGUGGCACGGCUGCAGCCGGCUCCUGGGGCGCCGGGUCCG